CGGGAGCGUUUUCGACCUCAAAGCGCUCGCGCCUCCCCACCCGCAGCACCGGAGAGGCAGUGCGAUCCUCGGCAGUGUUCUGAGACUGCACUUCACUGCUCCGACCGCGCGACCCAGAGCAUGGACGUGUAAAGAGAAUAAAUAACGACGACGCUGGAACUGGAUUUUGGCGAGUUUUACGCGGAAAACACUGUUUUAUGCACUAAUUUGUGUUUGGGACAGGAAUAAUCCAUGGCUUCUGAGAAGAAGAGACAUCCUUCAGAGCGGCGGAAGGAGAAGUCGCGAGACGCAGCACGCUGCAGGCGGAGUAAGGAGACGGAGGUGUUCUAUGAGCUGGCACAUCAGCUGCCUCUGCCCCAUAGCGUCCGCUCACACCUGGACAAAGCAUCCAUCAUGAGACUGAGCAUUAGCUUCCUCCGUACUCGCAAAAUGCUCGCAUCAGGGUGCUUGAGCAGACAAAUAAAGGAGGACUCUCAGCUUGACACUCUGUAUCUGAAGUCUCUGCAAGGCUUUGUUGCUGUGGUGACUUUAGAAGGCGACAUGGUCUUCCUCUCCGAGAACAUCAGUAAAUUUAUGGGUCUCACGCAGGUCGAGUUAAUAGGACACAGCAUCUUUGAUUUCACACACCCUUGUGAUCAUGACGAGAUCCGAGAGAACCUCAGUGUCAAAGCAGUGUAUGGCAGGAGACAUAAGGAGCACAGCACAGCGAGAGAUUUCUUCAUGAGGAUGAAGUGCACUGUCACAAACAGAGGACGCACAGUCAACCUUAAAUCAGCUGGCUGGAAGGUGCUGCACUGCACAGGGCAUUUAAAAGUGUACCCCAGCAGACGCCCUCAUAUUUUGUGUGGAUUUGCUGAGCCCCCACUGACUUGCCUAGUAGUGUUGUGUGAGCCCAUCCCUCAUCCGUCCAGUGUGGACACGCCAGUUGACGGCAAGACCUUCAUGAGCCGACACAACAUGGAUCUGAAGUUCACCUACUGUGAUGAGAGUGUGAGAACGCUGAUGGGCUACACCCCAGAGGAUUUAAUGGGGCGAUCAGUCUAUGAUUUCUACCACGCACUGGACAUGGACAGUAUGACCAAGAGCCACCAAAACUUGUGUGCUAAGGGCCAGGUUGUGAGCGGUCUUUAUCGGAUGUUGGCCAAGCAUGGUGGUUAUGUGUGGUUGGAGACGCAUGGCACAGUCAUCUACAACAGCCGCAACUCUCAGCCACAGUGCGUCGUGUGCAUUAACUACGUCUUGAGUGACAUCGAAGAGAAGGCCGUUAUGCUCUCCAUUGACCAAAUGGGGGCAUUUUUCAAACCCCGAAACAUGCUGGCCAGCAGCGAAGUAUUCUGCCAAGCCUCUCAAACAUCUAACAGGCGCUUUCCCAAAUUCAAGGAGGAGCCUGAAGAGAUUCCCCAGCUCGUGCCAACACCAGGAGAAGCAAUCAUUGCCAUGGACUUUGGAAGUCCAGAAUUUGAAGCUCCUCCUACCUUCUACAAAUCUCCAAGUGAGGCUUCAAUUGAUAAGCUGUGGGAAAUUGAGUCUUCACAACAAAGUACUGACAGCAGCCUGGCUUCAUCCAGCUCACCUUCAUCCCUGAGCAACAGCAAUAGCUCCACUCCUGACAGUGCAAGAGGAGGUUACUAUGGAAGUGAGAAGACUCCGCUGAAGGUUGAGCUGACAGAACGGCUUUUUGAGCAGGAUACUGGCAAUGAACAGUGGGACUUCAAUGAUCUGGACCUGGAGACUUUGGCUCCCUACAUCCCCAUGGAUGGUGAGGACUUCCAGCUCAACCCCAUAGCUCAGGAUGAGUCCUUAUCUGAUUCCAGCUCAAACCUUUGUGCCCAGCCUCAGUACACGUUCAGCAAUGUGACGAGCCUCUUCCAGCCUCUGGCCCCACUCACCUCUGAACACAAGAACUGCCCGAGCCCCUACCAUGAAAUACCACUUAUUCCUCCUUACCAGGCUUCUUCAAGUAUCCCACAAUCAGUCAUGUGCUUUGAUCACAUCACUCUGGCUAACAAUUUCAAGCGCAAAAGACAGGAUGAAUUUGUUUCUUCCUAUUCGUUUCCAGAUAUUCCUCAGUGUAUUAAGCAGGAUGGAGUAAGUCGCAGUGAGUCAGUAGACAACAUGUGGAAGCGAAUGAAAACAGCAAACACAGAUGGGUGUGCCUUUUCAAUCAGGAAACCCCCUGAUCCCAGAGAUCCCUUCUCAGCUGGGCAAGUAGGCAAGAAUUCCCAACCUAUUCGAUGCCGGCCUCCUCCAGAUCCCAGGAUCUCUGGAGAGAUCAAGCAGCCUUUUACUGAGCGCUUCUGUUCUUCAGUGUACAAUCACUAUGGCAUGCCAUCUUCCAUUAAACAAACAGGACUUACAAAUCGAUUGCUAGGCCCUUCCUAUGACCCGUACUGCCUGGAGGAGCUGACGCAAUAUGACUGUGACGUGAACGUGCCGUUGCAGGGAAAUCUCCAUCUGUUGCAGGGCAACGAUCUGCUCAAAGCUUUAGACCAGUCUGCGUAGAUGAUUACAUUUUUAAGUUCCAUAAAAGUCCCAGUCUGGGUCUCUCCAUUCAUUAUGUGCCUACUACAUAAAUGACUUUCUUAUAACAGUUAUCUUUCCAAUUACAUAUAUCUAUGAUUUUAAAAUACAAAAUAUCCAUAACUUAGUCACAACUGUUUUAUUUAAACCCUAUAAAAUGUGCAUUUUAUUGUUUAUGUAAGAGUUGCCACUAUCUCAUAGGAUAUUAAUGUCAGUUAAUGAUGUAUACCUUGAUUUGCUUUCGUUUUAGUGUUGCAUAUCAUGCUCACAGUCAGAUAUACUAUACUGAAUAAUUUGUUAAAGAUGGUGAAGAUUAAUAUUUGUAUUACUGGUGCAAUUUUCUCAUUUCUCUUUUACCUACCUUUAAAAUAUGAUCUAAAUACGUUUACCAGUAAGUUUUGAUGUGACAAAGAAAAAUGCAGUUAUUUAAAAGUAACUAAAGCAUUCUUAUUAAGGGUUUGGGGUAUAUAAAAAUAAGAAAAAUAAAAAAAUUGUAAAAUUGAAAAAUUCUAGCUGCAAAUCUGCAUGGAAAUUGUAAUCAUGAAUGUGUUUCACAAUUUGGAUCAUUUGUAUAAUACGCAUUUCGUACUUCCUUUGUGUCUCAGUCACUCUUUUAAAUUGCCCAGUCUACUUAAACAAAUGUGAUGCUACUGUGAUGCAACUGCGAUGUUGCAUAUCUCUCCUGUACAUCAUGUGAAGCACUUUAUCUAGAGCGCAUUAAAAUGGACCCAUUUCUGCAUAGACCAAAUACAAGAGAACAUAACAUUAAUUUUGCAAGAGGUGCUUAGUUUCUGAGCAUCUCUUCAACUUUAACUAUUAUCAACCAACUCUUCAUUGUUUCUGUCCUCUACUUACACCAGGUUCACCAAUGUUAUCCUAACAGAAAUGGUUAAGAGUUAAAGUUAUAUAUUCUUACACAUGUAGAUAUAUAUACGGUGUAUAGAGGUGGUGCUGAUCAGUGCCUAGGUACCUUAUCUUGUGUACUCUAGUAGAAACUGUAGCUUUUCUCCUUUUUUUGUGUUCUUAAUGCGGAUUAAAGUUAAAUGUAUGAUUAGCUCAAGCUAAUAUAUAAACUCCAUUUGAUACUAUGGAGCUCUUAUAUGUCUCAUUAGUAGACAUCAAAAAGGAACUCAAAGACUGCCAGUGUUUUUCAAAGAAAAGGUGAUCAUAAAUAUGCCCGAAACAGUGGCAUAUAGUCACAAUAAUAGUUGUUUUUAACAGUUCCACUCUAACUAUGUAGCAGUUUGAUUUUUUUCUCUCAAGAUUCAUCAUGAAAGAUAACGGAAUAUGUAUUCAACACCACAUGGCCUUGUAAGCUAUAUUAACUCAUGCACAUUUUAAUAAUGACUGUAGUACCUGGUCAGUAUUUAUUUUUCUAUUAAUAGUCAUAUUACUGAGAAAGUCUGUUGCUGAUGUUCAUGAUUAUUUUGUAAUGCCUUAACAAAAACUACGCACACUCUCUCUCUCUCUCUCUAUAUAUAUAUAUAUAUAUAUAUAUACACACGCACACACAUACGCACACAUUUAGUUGCUUUCAUCGAAUACUUAUUCAGAUUAUACUUACUGUCAUGUGUUACAUUAAUUCAGUAAUUUGUAAUUUAUUAAGUGUGUCCAUUUACUGAAUAUUUGCUGUCAGUACAACUGAUGACUUAGAUAAGAAACUAGCACAGACUUUAGGACAGACAGGGUAAAUCAAUUGCGAAGUGAAAAUCCUUACAAUGCAAUGUUACAUAAUUGUUCUCUGAAGGGACAACCAUCUUUUUUAUGUCAGAAAGCCUAUGAUAAAAAAGAAAAAUAGUGAUAUAAUGGAUUUCCUACCUAUCAAGAUGUUACUCUCUUGUUUCUUUUACUCAAUGUAAAGAAGCAUUUUUUGGGCUCUUUUUGGUAAUAAAAGGAGUAAUCAGUAAAA